AUGAGACGAUUAGCUUUUUUGUUGGUUCUUUCUUUAGCAAUCGUUGAAGAGUGUAGACAAACUGUGGCUUUGAAGUCUUCCAAGUCUAAGAGUCCAACAAAGGGAAAGACAACUGCUGCACCAGUGACUUUGAAAACUACUCCUAAACAUACAACUGCUGCUAAAAAUGUGCCUGUAGUUCACGGAAAAAAGGUUGUAUUAAAACCAACAUCUGCCAAAGACACCAAGCCUAAACCCGUCAAAGUCAUUGUUCACGGAAAGAAGGUUGUAUCGAAACGAAAGCAGUCAACAUCUAAAGAUGGCACACAAAUCAAGACAAGAAAAUCAAGAAAGAAAAGUGAAAUUCAUGUCAUCAAAAUCCAAGCCGACACGUCAGCACUGAAUAAAAACAAUACUCAUGGUUCAAACACAUUGACCAAUGUUUCAUACACAAAAGCGGAAGAUAAUGCUCCCAAGGACUAUACCAUUGUGGGAGAGUACAAGAUAUUUAAAUAUGAAGAUGAUCACAUUAAGAAGGAUGAUUGUCCACCUUACUGGCACAAGUAUGACGGCAAUUGCUAUCUUUUCAGCAGAGAUCGUCUAAAUUGGUAUCUUGCAUCAAUGAAAUGCUUCAAUCUUGGUGGCUUUCUGGCAACGGUGGAAAGUUCUCACGAAAACACCUACAUUAUAAACCAACUCAAGGCAUACAAAAUUACACGAGGAGCGUGGAUGGGACUAAACACCGUUCUGUACCCACAGAAACAUAAAUGGUAUUGGGGAUUUUCUGGAAAACGAAAUUUUGGCUUUGAUUGGUAUGGAUUUGAGCCAGUUUACAAGAAGAAAGGCGAUUAUUUGUGUGCAAUCUUUUGGAAAACAUAUCAUUUCCAUUGGCACGUUGGUAGCUGUUCUCAAAACAACUAUUAUGUAUGCAAAAUUAAACUGAAAGAGUCUUGUUCAUGCACAUUCUGA